CGGCGAUGAUGGGGGACCCGGUUUGAUGAAUCCCAUUUCUUUUUUUCUUAUCUCCUCUCUUUUUAAAAUCCCUGGACCUUGUUUCUUUCUUUCACUAGAUUUCGUCUUUUUGUUAGAAUUCCAAUUCCUUUAUUCGUCUCUAUUUCCUCCUUCUAGAUACCCCCCCCCCUGACGCUGGUGCAAUUGCAUCAUCCCCUCCUCCUCUUAUCCAAUUCCAUCUACACAAAGCAACUCCUUCAAGAUGAGCCGUCCCAAGGUCCUCCUCCUGGGCAAGAUUGACCACGCUCACGUAGCAUGGCAAACCAUCGCCGACAUCGCAGACGUGAUCCAGCCCAAGGCCACCAACCGAGACGAAUUCAUUGCCGAGUGCAAAUCCGGCGCCCUGGAUGGCAUCAGCGUCGCAUACAGAACAUUUGAUUCCGUCAAGAUCACGGGCAAGAUUGACAGCGAGCUGCUGGAUGCGUUCCCCAAGAGCAUCAAGUUUCUGUGCCACAACGGCGCCGGCUAUGACCAGAUCGACAUCCCCGCCUGCACCGCCCACGACGUCCGCGUCUCAAACACCCCGACCGCCGUCGACGAUGCCACCGCCGACGUCACCAUCUGGCUGCUCAUCGGCGCCCUGCGCAACCUCCCCAUCGGCAUCCAAGCCCUGCGAGCCGGCAAGUGGCGCGGCUCGCCCCCUCCCGCGCUGGGCCACGACCCCCAGGGCAAGAUCCUGGGAAUCUUGGGCAUGGGCGGCAUUGGCCGCAACGUCGCUACCAAGGCUAGGGCCUUUGGAAUGCGUAUCCGAUACCACAAUCGCUCGCGCUUGAGCCCUGAGCUGGAGGAUGGUGCUGAGUAUGUUAGUCUUGAGACGUUGCUGGCGGAGAGUGACGUCCUGAGUCUGAACCUGCCUCUCAACCCCAGCACCCGCCACACCAUCGCCGCCCCCCAAUUCGCCCUCAUGAAGCCCGGCAUCGUCAUCGUAAACACCGCCCGCGGCGCAGUCAUGGACGAGGCCGCCCUCGUCGACGCCCUCGCCUCCGGCAAGGUCUCCUCCGUCGGCCUCGACGUCUACGAGAACGAGCCCGAGAUCCACCCGGGCCUGCUCGAAAACCCAAACGUCCUGCUCGUCCCCCACAUGGGCACCUGGACCCAGGAGACACAGCAGAAGAUGGAGGAGUGGACCAUUGAUAAUGUGAGGCUGGCGGUUAAGGAGGGGAAGCUUAAGAGUAUUGUGCCUGAGCAGACGGGGUUGGCUGCGUGACUGCAUGGCGGUGCUGGAGGGAGGAGCUCGAAGCUGUGAGGUUUGAUAUUGUGUCGGAUUGUUGAAAAUGCGUCAUGUCAUGUUUAUAGAAUUAGAAGAAGGAAAUAAAAAGCUUGAUCUAAAG